AUGUUUUUUUCUGUGGAGAAGGAGGAAAAUUCGGAAGGUAUGACAAAAUGUAAGCUGGAAGAUGAGGAAGUCAGUCCACAUUCGGAUGUGGCGGGUAGAGACAUGAAAGGAAUAUUGAAUGAUCAUCUCAUCAAACAAAACAACAACAUAACGGAGAAAGAAACUAUGAUAAUGAGAAUUAAGGAACAUGAUGAAAACACAUCCAAUGAUCAAAAUCAAAGAAAAGAAAAGGUUGAAGCACCAAUGCAGUACACCAUAAAUAUGCUGGACGAAUUCGUCUCCAAGACGAGUGAAUAUUCGAAGAUGCUUCUGAGCCAUUUUAAUGAAGAGAAUUUUCAGGUCGUAGGAAAGGGUAAAAGUACAAAUUUGCUGGAAGAACAAACCUGUAUUGGCCAAAUGGAAGGCAAAAAAAGUAAUCAGUAUGAAGAAGACAAUCAUAUGCUCCAAAAUCGAGAGAAGGAAAAUAUUAUGACAGAGUUCCACAGAACUAUGUUCCUCCCAGGAUAUAACGAGAAUGAUACGAAGAAUGAUUGUUACAUGAGCAGUUGUAAGGAGGAGAUAUUCAAUGAGUCGAAUAAUGUCUACUCGUGUUACUCAAGCCACGCGUUUGAUAAUCUAAACAAUACGGCAACAUACAAGGGAGAGAAUCAACCUGGACAAACAUGUGGACAUGAUGAUCUAAAUAGUGGAAAGGAUCAAAAUGGAAUGCUUUCUUAUACGGAAAGUAAUGAAGAGAACGUUAAGGAUGAAGGCAAACCCACUGAUGAGGAAUCCAAAGGGGAAAGGUACUCUUCAUAUAGCACUGGGAAAAGUAACUCCUAUGAUUAUAUUCAGAAAUAUUCUGACGAGGAAAUGAGUGAAGAUGGAAUGAAGGAAACUUUCGGCAAAGACGCAAAGGAGGAAGAACCUGGAAAAGGUCAAGUGAAGAACGAAAAAAAUCAACAUCAAAUGAGUAACACAAUUGGAAAACCAGCAUUAAGUAACAAAUCGCUGGAGGAGCUGAACUACAGUAACAGGAAAUCUCACUCCCCCUCGUUGAUAGAGAAGGGAAGCCUGCUAGACAUCUCGUCCAUAGCGGACGAGGCGAGGAAGAGGGUAUAUGCUGAGUUGGGUUAUAACGUAAGCGAUGUAGACAAUUUGUGCGUACCCCUCAAGGGGAAGAACACAGAGAAGGACGUGACGAAUAUGACUGACGUGGCAGACGCGGCAAAAGUGGCAAACGCAGCAAACGUGGAAAACGUGGAAAACGCGGCAAACGUGGAAGGCGUUUCUAGUGAGGAAUCCAGGAAGACUUCCAUGGAAAACGAGAGCAAAACGGAUGAAGCAUUCCAGUUGCCCCACGUGGGAAGUAACCCAGGAAGCGACACCUGCAGUGAGAGCGGCGGAAGCAGUAGGAAUGACUCCGCAGAGUUGGAGAAAAUAUUUACCAAGUACAAAUUUGAGGUCUCACAUGUGUCCAAGUAUUUUGAUUUUGAGAAGAACGAGCAGAAGGAAAGUGCCAUAGCGUUGGACCAAGCGAUGAGUCAAGUGGUGGAAGAUGGUCAUGCCCAUCCUCAGAGCGAAGACGAAACGCACCCAUUUAACAUGGAGGCGUUGAAAAAAACAUCCUCUAUGAACUUCUCCUUUGAGGAUGAAUCCGUUAACCUGGAUGUGUACGCAACCAACUACAUAACGGAGGAUGUACUCAAGGGCGUGCUAAACGUCGAAGAAGAAAAAAUCAUUUUUGAAACAUUUAAGAAUGCCUCCUCAGACGUGAAUUACGAAAUUAGUUUGUCCAAUGUGGAACUGCUAUACAACGCUAUUUUGCGUCAUCGUAAUGGUAGUGCAAAGGAAGAAACUAUGGUGGACUGCUCGAACAACUCGGAGGGAAAAAACCUGGAUAACAAGUCCAGUAUCAACGAGAAGAAUGAAGAAGAGAAAUAUAUAACCCUUGCUGAUAUAAAAUCAUACAUCAUAGAGAGAAACGAAAAAAAUAGUAACUACUUUAACGAAAUGAUCAAGAUGAUUGUCCAUUUUAACAACAUAGUGUUACUAAUGAGGAGUAACAACAAUUUGGAAGUGGAAGACAAACUACUUUUUGAACUGUUGUCUUUAAAAUUCGCAUCCUUAUUUAACGAUAUUCUGCAUGUACAGAACAAUUUCGAUAACCUCAUUAAACACAUAAACGAAAUUAUUAAACUUAUUCUAGUAGAGGAAGACUCCAAGAAGAGAAGCUUGAAGGAUAUUAUAUCGGGUUACUUAAGUAGCCAGAAAAUUUUGGUUCAAAGAAAUGAGAUUCUCUCACAGAUGAGCGGCACGCAGCACACGGAAGGGGGUGACGGCGCUGCGGAAAAUGCUGUAGAAGUGUUGGAAAAAUGUGUAAGCUCCACAGCAGGUAUAGAUGUAGCGGAAAAAGCUUCCGCAAAUGGCGACACCUCGAAUAACCAGAAAAGGGAGCUGAGUAGCACUCCAUCCACGGAUGCACAGAAAAAUGCUUUUUCACAAGUGAAAAUAGAAGAGAAGGAUUCCACCAGGAUGGACAAAGAGGGGGACAGCACAUCAGCAAUGAAGUUGAUAGAUGGAGAAAACAACACUCGUAAUUUGACAAAGGAUAUUAUAAUGGGUGAAAUAAAGAACAACAAGAAGGAAGGAACGAGUAACCAGGAAGCAAAGAAACAUUCGACUGCUUGCGUCAAACGGAAGAGCAAAAGGUUCGGUACGCCUUUCCACAAGGAGAUGGCUCAUUCAAGCGGCAGCAGCGCUAUGAGCGGCAGCAAUGGAGUCAACGGAAACACUAGAGAUGCUAAUACAAAUGGAAGUGACAAGAAAUCCCACACGAAGUUAACACAGCCGGAAGAAAAAUCAGGCGCAUGCAAAAACUCCAAACUGAAGGACUCGAUGGUGAAAAAGACACUUCAAAAACAGGAAGGCACAAAAGGGUUAAACAAAAGUGAAGAAGAAUAUGGAAAAAGUAAAAAAGUUAAUAAAACGAAAAAAACGAAAAAGUUGAACAAAGGAGAAACAGCGGAUGAGAAAAAUUCCGGCGACCUAACCGACGGAAAGAAAAAAAAUGAAGUAGCAAAAAAUUUGAGGCAGAAAAAAGCAGUGGAAGUGUCCAAGAUGGUAGAAGAAAAAACACCCGCCGAUGUUAAAAAGGUGGGAACCAGUGAGAAAGACCAAACGGGGCAGACGGGACAGACGGGACAGACGGGACAAACGGAACAAAAGGAUGGAGAGCAAAUUAAGGCGAAAAGCAAAAUUUUCUGGCCAAAUAAUUUUAGCAUUAAAAGGGAAAAUAUGGACGAGGGAAAAAAUAAGAAAGUGGACUCCAGGGCAACCCUCAAUUUUAACUAUCCCACGUAUAGCAGGGACGGCAACAUACAUACCGUUGAAAGUUAUAUGAAGAGGUACGGUUCCACAAGCACUGCAGUCGCAACCGCAGCAGCAGCAGGUGUGGUUGAAGCUACCGCACGUUUGGCGAAGGCACAUUUAGUGCAGCAAGGUAAAGGCACCCCCCAGGUUAGGUGUCUGCACAAGAAGGGGAUCCCAGGAAUGCCCAGUUUAAGUAGUGCCCACAUGCACAGCGUCAGCGUGAAUAGUGCACUUGCGAAUAGCGCACAUGUGAAGAACACCUAUGGGAUAACAAACAUACCAGAGGGCAUGGCUCCCUACGAGGUUAAGACGCAAGACAGGGCGUCCAUGACGAAUCUGCCGAACCUUAAGAACACUUAUAAAAUGCGAAUGACGAAGUCACCCAUAGGAUUCCACCCAGUGCGCGAAAUGAAAUCGGAAAAUUAUUUGUGGAGGGAAGUACAGGGAAAGGGUUCCGGCCAGAAUCACAGUUACGAUUUUAUUUAUAAUUACAGCGGACAGUUGGCCCAAGUGAAAAACAGAAAUGGUACCCUACCCACCGAAAGUGGGAAAGUUGCGGAGGCUGAUCCCGUGACCAAUCCGGCGGCUGGUGUGCAACUCCCUCAGGAUAAAACCAAUACAGCCAACAUCCCCGUGGUAAACCUGACCACAGGAAGCAACCAACUGUGGGGGCACCAAAAGGCGCAGGUCGGAGUUUCGAAAGAUGGCACUCCGCUUGAAAAACCUAAGGUUAAUUUGGGAGAAGCGGAGGAAAAACAUGCCCUGGGGAUGACCCCGGUGGAACAGGUGAACCAACUUAAAAAGGAAAGCAAAAAUAGCAAUGAUGGAAAGACAUUCCAGCGUUGCGAAAAUGACUCCCUCAAGGAGAAAAGCGCUAACUCCGUUAAUGCAACUAACUCCACUAACCACGGGGAUGAAAAUCCCUCGGUUUUACAAUGCAAACUUGUGGACAACAAACGUACCAGCAACAUGAACAUGAACCACUUUCGAAGGCAAACCCCCUUUACGGAUAAAAGAUACAGCAAUGGGUACAACAAAAUAAUAAAUACCAAUGUGUACUCAGGAUUUAAAAGAAAUAUGAAAAGUUUUACGGAAACGAAUAAUGGCUUCCUGCAUGCACAAGGUUCUAACGACGCCAGCAAAUAUGCUAACGUGAAGAGCAAUGAAAACUUGGGGCACAUAAACCAGGGAGCCAAAACAAAAGACAACCGGGAUGUGGCCAAGGCCAACAAUUUGGAGAGCAAUUUGAAAAACCUAACCAACUUUAAGAAGCUAGCCAAUUUGAAAAAUUUAAUAAACUUGGGAAACGGGAUCAGCGAAAGGAAGCUUCCCCCAGGGGAUGAAACGAAUGAGAACAAAGUCAUCGAAACCAAGUCAGCAUACAACAGAUUUACCGAAAUUGUGACAAAUAGAAUAAAGAACUUCACCCUCCGAAAUAGUAAAUCAGUUAGAUGUACCACGACUAAUGAAAGGAUACCUACAUGCAACGCCAGCGAUGAGGGGAAGAAGGAAAAAAGUGGCGAAUUGAAGGAGGCGGGUAACAAAGAAGCAAACAGUAACACCAAGGAAGUGCAUGGAAACACACAAAGCUAUGAAAGCUGUUUCGCGAACGAGAAUAGCAACUACCUCUGUGAUAAUAAAAAGGGCGGAAGCAUCGUGAGCAACUUAAUGGGACAGAUAAAUUUUUUCCAAAGAAAAUGCGCGUCUGGGAUGGGGGACGCGAAUGAAGAGGAGGCGAGUCAGUCAGGCCAGGCUAGUAAGAUGCAGGAAAGCAUGCACGAAGUAGAUCAAAGUAGGGGAAUUGCAAAACAGAACAGUGGUAGCGCAAAAACGGAAGAGGGAGAAAGAAAGUCAUCAGAUACGGACUCAAGCAACAAUCCACCUCAGCAGAAGGAUAGCGACGAAGAUAAGAGCAGAGACAACUCCAUUGACAAAGUUAGGAAUUAUUUGUGCAAAACGAAAACGCAAGAUGUAGGAAAAAAAAGGGUCAAUAGCAUGUUUACUAGAAAAUCUCACGUGUUGGGUGCAGCCAGUGGAGGAAUUGGCGGCGUACAAGGAGGAGCCCCUCUGAAUAGCCGCACGGCUAACUACCCCGUUGCUCAUCUGAGUAACUAUGCAAGUGUCCACCUGAAGCAUCCCAGCGGAAUGCCAAACUGGAAGAACAGCACAAAUGGGGGUAUAAGAGGCACUAAAUUUUACAGCGAAAUUUCGAAGGAUCAAGGGCAAACGGGUAGCAAUGUUGCAUUUGCACAUAACAGGAAUGUUAAAACUGUGGAGGGAUCACACAAGACAAAUUACAAUUUUAGAGCGGGUUCCGCAACGCCUACUCAUCACGCAGCCCGAUCAUCGUACGAGGCAUUCGCGCAAAAUGGACCACUCCUACAGAUGGGCACGAAAAAAACCAACUCACACUUCGUACAGCACAACCAUCCCAGUGGGGAAUUCCUUUUCCCGUUCCAAAAGAGAAACAGUACCUUACACAAUCCCAUGUCUAUUGGCAAAUUUCAAGAGCAUCAAAAGGUGGCAAAUUCUGUAGAGAUGGGAAAGGACUUACUCAACAUGUGCGAAGUGAAUGCGAAGCAACACAUUUCCUUCACGAACGACAACAGGUGUCUUUUUAGGAGCGAGCAAAUGAACCAAACAGGGCACCACUCUAGGAAGGCAGAUGUCAGUUAUGAAAUGAGCAAAAUAGAACAGCACAAUAAUAGUAAGGGGACAUUUAUUAACCCCUUUGUCGAAGCAGAACCCAUUAUGAAGGGUAUGGGUUCUAUACAUCUGAGUAACAAUACGUUGGUAGGAAAUCAGAACGUGGGGUAUCGGGACAGCAAUUACCCCUUUUUUAAAGAGAAGCAAACCUCCCUACAGGAGAAGAGCAAUAGCAAUGCCCCAAUGGGUAGUUUUAACUUACAUAACUCCCGGGAAAAGCUCAACCGAAACUGCGUACUCAAGACUGCUUCUAUGAAUGAAAAUUGCGCGUUGAAGUCUUCCGGUCAGGGGUGGAUAAGCAAUGCGUAUCAAAUGGGAGCCAACUAUAUGCAACCAAGGGGGGUGAAUUACGCGCCACAUAGUGGUACCACCUGCAUACCCAAUACAAGGAUACACUUGAUUCCAAAGAACCCCACACAAUACACUCCACAAAAUAUCUCGGCAAACCAUUUCAACCCAGCCAACCUGUGGAAUCCCCAAUGUUUCGCGAAAGAAGCCAUGCCCCUACAGAAGAACGACGGAAACGUCUCCGUGGUUCCCAACUUUUUAAACGCAUACCAUAAGGGUACCCCCUCGAAUGACAUGCACAACGUACAUUCCACCAUUGAUGAAAGUAACUUAUCUAUUGAACAAUUGAUGAAAAUUCCAGGUGUCCAAUUAGGGAAGAAUUACAUACAAGACAUAGAUAUCUGUUCAGACUGGCUAAAAUUUAACGACUACGACAAGGAGGUAAUAAAGCAGUCCCUAAUGAAUAGCUUCGAAAAUAACAACUACAAAAGUUAUAUGGACUCUACGCAAUUUACCAAGGGGAUAUUUCCCGCAGUGAAGCAGGUGUAA